AUGCGUAAAGGACCUCAGGCAAUUGGUUUUAUAGUGUUCCCACUAGAGACGCUUUUUAUGGCAGAAGAAUUAGCAGUUAAAUUUAACUUGACAGUGGAGAAUCUAAGCAACGUUUGUAGUAGCCAACAGUGCAUUUUAGUAAGUUCUAGAGAAUACAACGUCUUUCAAGAUCAUAGAAAUUGGAUUUAUAGGAAAAUAUGGGAAUCAACUUUGUUACUCAACAAAUUUUUUAAUCGAAACCUUCAUUCUAAAUAUAUAGAAAACCAUAUUUUAUCAAAGAAAAGAGAGUUUAACUUAAGUGACACAAGUAUUACUCUUCUUGAGCUUGGCUCUGGAACUGGUGCGGGGGGUCUUUUAAUAGCCAAAGCUUUAGCUAGCAAAGAAUGGAAACUUAACCUCUUUUUAACUGACUUGCCGGAAGCCUUGCCUCUUCUUAGGAGCAACAUUGCGAAAAAUUCUUUUUCUUUUGAAAUUUGUAAGGAUCUAUUGUCAAUUCACCAAAUUUCAGCUGAUAUAGGUCCCUUCGUUACUGCCACGGUUUUACCUCUGGAAUGGGGAAAUUUAAAUCACACACACGCUUUUCUUUCUAGUACGGUGGAAAAGCCUGAUUUUAUAUUUGCUGUUGAUUUAAUUUACUUUCCCGAAUUAUAUGAACCGUUAAUAGACACUCUGAUCCAGACUUGUGGUGUUCAAACUCGAAUUUUCCUAUUUUAUAAAAUGAGAAAUCUGGAGUUAGAAGAGGGAUUCUUUAUGCUUUUUGGCAAGUUCUUUAACUGGACUAGAAUCGUAGAUGAGGAACUUUAUGAUGGCGAAUUUGACUUCCACGAGUAUUUCGUUUUCUUAGGAACGAAGAGGCAGAAGUUUAAAACUCGUAACUGCGAUGAGUUCCAAUUGAUGUUAAACAGACUUUGCUUGCUGCAUUGAGUUCUUCUGAGAUUAUAUUGUUGCUUAUUAGAAAGAUGUAGACUUCUUUUGUUAUUUUGAGAGGUCAAACUUAUC